CUUGUUUCAGGAUUGAACCAUUAGGUUCUGCAACGGUUUGGUUGCGCGUGAAGUGAAAGCCUGAUCGAGGUUGGCGUAGAAUGUAAAGAAGUUUAGUUAGAGAGGGUUCAAGACUGGGACCAGUCAUUCGAAGGCAAGCUGCAUGGAAUGUUCAGCGCGGUAAGCACCGAUUUUCAAAUCGAGACUCCUGAACUGCACCACACUGCACGAUUGAUCGCGAACUCCGUCAUAGAAUCACAAUAAUAAUCCACCAGUGCCCAUAAAACCCGAUUUUGAAUCAUCGAUCAUCGUCUUUGAGUCCUUUCGAUCGGAUCGGUAGUAAAACGGUGCCGGUGAUCCGUGGAGCCCAACUCAGUUUGGACCAGCUACAAGAAAAUAAACAAAUAGAUCCGUAUAUAUUCACGUACGAUGACAUUUGAUUGAACGGAAAUGGAUUUCACAUACAUCACACUUAUCACACUUUCUAUUUGUGCGGCUCUAGGCUCUGCUCAAAUUUACACCGGAAGUUCUUCUCCUGAAAUUUUCGCCUCGGUGUCUGCCGAACCUGCGAAAAAUGAAUUCCUCACCCAGACUGUUUACGGAUUUCUUGAUUUUACGACGACGAUUGGAAAUACGGUGAUGGUCUUCAGUCCUCAGAGUGCUCCACCUGAGGGAGAUAAAGCUGAGAAACCUGUUGUCCCAUCAACGACGACCCCACCAAUUCAGACAAAACCCGCGGAACCUCCAAAAAAAAUAUCAGACAUCCAACCAAGCAAGACACACAAGGCCGAAUCCGAACAACACCUUGGGACGCACGCAAACGUGCCUAAGGAAACCAAAAUCGUCGUUCAUUCCGUCGUGGAGCAAAACGCGGCGGUAAAGAAUUCCGAAGAUAACUUGGUGCCGGCGAAACGCGAGAGUGUGGAAACGCACGUGGACAUUGUUACCCAAAGUCCUGUAGUUUCGAGUGUGGUAGAAGUACGUCCAGUUAACGAUGUGCCGAAUGUUGUCAAGAAUGAUUUAGUCGAGCCUGAAUACGAUUUCCUGUCGAAGCAACCGACAGAAGUUGUCGAUGAAACUUACAAGCUUAUAAACUUGAGACCCUCUUCCAAACAUCACGCGAAACCGAGGCCCACAGCUAGACGUGCCAAGGACAAUCCAACCGGUUUAGUGACUAAAUUAGGAGGAACCAUUGUCAAGGAUGGUUUGACUACCGUUCACGAAACCAACGUUAUCGGGACCUACAUAAAUGGAAAGUACGCUCAAGUACUCCAGAGUUCAUCGCACGUUCUGGGCGGCGGAAACCCGCUCGAGGGAAAAAUCAAACCGACUAAUUCUCAGAGAAUAUUGAAAACCAUCGGUCCUCAGCACGGAAAACUCAAACCUCAACUCGAACCAACGCCUCCAACUCUUCAGGAUGACACUCCGGGACUUUCUCCGGAAAAUAUCGUCAGUGCUCAGUCUGGGACUAAUAUCCGAACUUCGAGGCGUCAUUCGAACAGUCCUCAAGCUCAGCGCCCGAAAUUUCGUAAUAAUAAAUUUCCCGAGGACUCCGACAGUGGCGAACAAUUUGCAACGACGAAAGCUGUGGGAAAAAAUAAAGCAACAACGGCGAGACCAAAUUAUAAAAAUAGAAGUCAAAUCACAACGACUACCGAAGCUCCUGUAACCCGACGUAGAAACGGUUUCAGACCAAACAAUCCGCCGAGUGCUCCCGGGAAGCAGAACCGGCCAAAAAUUGAUGCGCUUUCGACCUCGUCCUCUUUGUCGUCGUUGAAUAACUUCCCAAAGGUAAAGCUCCCGCGGGCGCCAGGGCGAUGGUCGUACAAGACAACCCCUAAACCCCGUAUUGCGAUCCGCAAGCAGGUGGAAGUCGACGAUGAUUCGGAGAAGCCAUUGACGCCUGAGGCUAGCACUCUGGUACAGGAAGUUCUAGUGGAGGAUAGAGAAAAUAAACCAACGCCAGUAGUACAGCGAAAGGUACAGGAACAAGGAACGACCACUGAAAGCGAAGACCCUGAGAGCAGAGAAUCGGAGAACGUUGACGUCAGCGUUCAAGAACAACAAAUUCUACCCGUGGAAACAUUAAACGUCGAAAUAUCAACGCCCGCUGAUUUUAACGACAUUUAUUUCGAAAUCGCAACCAUCAAAUCUCCCUACACCUUUCAGGCCGGCAAUCAGAAGAACACCCGUUAUGUAACGGUGACGUCAACUCUGAAGAAAAGUUUCGCCACAGCCGAAGCAUCUCCGAUGGCGAAUCCAUCGGAACCGUUGACGGAAAAUAUUUUGGCGAACACCGGAGCGGCUUACGAAACAACCCUUCCUUUGGAUUCAUCGGUGGCGACACUUCCGGCGAUAUCUCUCGACCCCGGUCAAGCAACACCUCCACUGGAAACGAUCACCGAAACUUUUUCGACCACCCAAACAUUGCUGAAGACCCAUCUACUGCCGGUAGUCGCCGGUGGUAAUACAACGAAGAUCACCCUUGUGCAAACUUAUCAUAUCGCGAGGAUAGUCACAGCAACCAAGACCCUUCCACCCAUGGAACUGUACCAAUUCAUUCCCAGCAAAACUCUCAACGAAUUCAAUUCGAAGCUCGAUGAAGCUGGUAGCGAACUUCACCUUGAAUUAGACUUUGGCGAUGACGAUAGAGAGGAUGACGAUAUUCCCAAACGUGUCGUACCACCGGGUGAUCUGGACCCAGAUUCAGAUUUAUUCCGGACGGGUGGAAUUUCACCUUCGAAAACCAGAAACCCUCCGGACACUCAUCCGUCCGUCAUUGAGCCACAAUUGAGCCCUGAACAAGCUCAGCAACUUGCUCUGUACAAAUAUUUUGGCCAACAGCAAGCUCAAGUUAUAACAACUUCGCGUCCUGUCGUAGUUGUCGAAACUGUCUACGAGUCACAUGUUAUUCCACUCAUAAAUAACGGGAAUACCGUAUACUCAACGCUCUCGAGGCCCGUCGCAACUCUUCCGCGAACGACGUACGAGUACGGAACGUCGACGAUUGCUCCACUUUUACCACCCCAAGUACCCCAGCCUCUUUUCCCUCAGCAACCCCAACAACAGCCUCAGUUCACCGUGACGACGGCACCGUUUGUCACUCAAACCGUGGCGACGCUUUCUGAUUCUAGAGUGUUGAAACUUACUUUCGGCGCUAAGACUGCCUACACGACACUUUUUACGACGAGAGUCGUACCCACGGAAGUUACCACCUACCUAACUUCAACCGUCGCGGUACAACCAACGGUGCAAGCUUUUCCAGGAUAUUUCCCACCCCCGGUUGGCUAUCCACCGUAUCCCUUCGUCGGUUAAACAAGUUUAACAAGUUAUUAACAUGUUUCGAUAUCGUGCCACAGAUUGUAGGACAGGAAUUGUGAAGAAUGAGCGAUGAAAGGUCAUCCGGGUGUUCUUCAUGGUAGAACCAUGUAGAACGAUAUGCUCACUGGCAGGUAAACCCAACGGAUGUCGAAUUGACAAUGAAAUUAGACAAAUUCAGGUAUGUUUCUACGGUAAUCCCAAUACAAUCUACGGACUGAAUUUUUUGUCCCUCUUUUUGUUCGAAUGAUCAAACGAUCUUUGAUCUCGCUACGUUGCAGAUCAUGAUGAUGAUCGUCGACUGACCUCACCCGGUUUUCGGAUGAAGGCGCGGCGGCCCGUAAAAUUGACAUUGCUUUUCAACGUAUUCGAUUAUUCGCAUGUAGAAAUUAUUCGACCACUGAAACCUAACCGGGUAACCUCGACACGCGGAAGAAGUGAACGGCCAUGUCAAUCCCAUUGAAAUUAAUUCUAUUGUGAUUUUUGGUCUCUUGAUUGAUUCGCGUGACUAUGACGCACACCUAAUGUAUUCCUCUCAAAAUCAGCCUCUUGCCAUCUGCAGCGUGUCCGCGUUUGGUUUUUUGUUUAAUCCGUCGCAAUUGCACCUCUCAGAUUCGACCUAAUAGUUUGCUGAACCGGGCGAUUUAAUUAUAAAAGUGAAAAAGGAUAUACGUGGCUCUAGGGAUUCUUCCCUCAUCAUUUAUUAUUGUUUCCAUUUUCUCUUCACUAAUAUCAUAGCAUUGCUUCCGAUUCCUUAGGUUUUAUAAAUUAUUAUUCGACGAUAUAUUUCAUUUGAAAUCAUCGUCGCUCUCGUUCGCAUCAUCGUUAUCGUCGUCACUUUUAUACUAGAAAUACGUAAUCACUUAAAUUUUAACGCUGUGAAGAUUAUGAUGAUGAUAUGUCACUGAAAUCGGGAUUUGGACUGAUAAAGAAAAUGCCACUAAUUCCGAUGAGGUUUUUGAUGAAUAUAAACUUCUACCGCCAUAUCUUCAAGAUUAUCCUGAAUCUUGUGGCUUUAAUUACAACAUCGUAUGUACUUAUGAAUAUUAUGAUACCAUAUAAUGUGGCUGGUACGCGGCGCAUAAUUAAUUGUAUAUAAAUUAUUAACUGCAUUAGUAUCAUUGAAUCUCAUCUAUAAAUAAAUAUAUGCAUUGCUCGUUAUACUGCAUGAAUAUACAAAUUUUGUAAAUAAAUACCGAGUAAAAAAUA